CGGCUGAGCGCUCGAGCGUCAGUCGGGCAGUCUCCGCCGCCUCUCCUAGCGCGCGCAGGCCCAUCGGAGAAGGCUUUGAGCCGCGGUGAUGAGCCGUACCGGACGGACUCGCUGACACGGCGCACUUUCUCAUCGCCCCCUCCCUCUAUCUUGCAUGCUGAAGAUGGUGGCAGUCGGUUAAUUCCAACUUCGGACUGCUUUGUUUUUCCUUCUGCGAAGCGCACUUCAUUGUGAGCCUGUGAUGACGGAGGUGGAGCCUGUACUGGACUUUGCCUCCUCAGGGCGCUCUGGGAGGAGAAAUGCUCUUCCGGACAUCCUCGGAUCUCCAGCAGGAGUGAACCCCGGCGACCUGCCUCUGAAACUGGCCGAGCUCUCUCUCGAAGAUGGCCCGGGAGGAGCUCAGUCACCCACGGCGGAGGAGACCCCCGCGCCACCGGAGGGCUCGGAGGAGAAAAACGGAUCGUAGUCGCUUGUUCAUUAACUUCCCUGAGGACGAUGCAGAGGUCAGCUGAGCGGAGCGAGGCGAGGAGCGACCUGUGGAAGAGCGAGCGACGAUCCGCGGAGAGUUUGCCUGUGUUGCGGAGCAGCAGAACCACAGGGGGGGAGGGAGACAGAGGGACUCCCGAGAGGACCGAUGCCUGGAGCUUUGUGCUGGUUAACACUUCGCACUAUAUGAAAAGGUUCAGAUGACACUCGGCUGGUGUUUAUCUGUUCAAAGGUGACUCGUACAAACCGCUGAGAACACAACCCGGAGAAUCAAAGGGACAGUAAAAGAUUGCACACUGUACAGGACUAUUUUUGUAUGAUUUAUUUAAAACUAAGGAACCUGUUGCUGUAA